AUGUUUUUAAGUGAAUCAAGUGAUAGUGGUGCGAUGACAUUUUCUGAUAGCGAUUCAAAACCUUCACGAAUGGAGAUUGCUGAAAACAAUUAUCCAUCUCAUCGAACGAUAAGUACUGAAAAUAUCUUCGAUGAACAACAGUCAUUGUCAGAAUCAUAUCGCAGCCAAGAUUUUGAACAUAUUUUCACGUCAAAGAAAAUGAAUCCGAAAUGUUUUGAUGUUUUGAAAGAUAUUGUAAUGCUUGAAAGGACAGCUCUCUUCGAUCUGAAAAUUCUUACAGAGGAUUUUUAUCAAAUAAUACCGGAAAAAGCAUUAUCAUGCGGAAGAGCACUAAUAGAUUUAUUUGUUAAUUUGAAAUCUCUUCAACGAUUUCAUGAUGAUCAUCUUAGUACAUUGGAAAUUAUUGUUAAGAAUUGGGCGGACGGUCUAAGAAGUGUUAGUGCGGAACGACCGCGGGUCGGUGAUCUUCUGUUAUAUUCAGUACGUAAUGCUUUGCAAUAUUAUCGGAAAUUUGUACAAAACUCUCCAAUUUAUUUGGCAGCUAUUGAUGAAUUAACUCGUGUCAACAGCACUUUUGCUAAUUCUCUCAUUGAACUGCAAAUGAGAAAUUUCUACAGUUGCAAUAUUAAUUUUUUGAUGCUAAAAGUGAUACAUCGAAUGGUUGUAUGGCAGAGUUUACUUGGAAGAAUGGUGGCUGCACUUCUGGAAGAGAGCAGUGAAGCUAAGAUAGCAUCACAGUUAAGCAGUUGUCGAGUUGCCAUGGAAGAGGUUGCAUCGUUUAACGCUGAAAAAAAAUCUACACUGGAAGGAUUGGUCCAUUUUACAAAAUUUGUUGAACUUGGAAAUGAUUUGAAUAUUGUUGAUGGAUUGACCGAUCCAAAUCGAAGAUUUAUACGUCAAGGAUGGUUAUGCAAAUGGACAAAACGUGGUUUCAUACCGCACGCUGUUAUACUUUUCAAUGAUGCGUUGUUGUUUGCUUACCGAUCACAAACGGAUGGCUUUAUACGCAAUGCUUUUCUACCCUUACGGACUAUGACAGUGGAAGAAGGCGACACAUUACAUGUCGUCAUUGAUCCAACAGUUUGUCUUACCAUACAAGCAGUAAGCCGUACAUUCUUGCUAUCUGGUGAUUGCACAAGAGUUCGAGAUCUUUGGCUUGAAGAAUUAACGAAUGCUAUUCGAAGUGCCAAACAAUCCAAAAUCGAGGAAUUACCUCAAACUGAAACCUUUGGUAUAAAAGCUACUGCAACAACGCUAUACAGUACGCUUGAUGUAUGUUGGUAUCGUCAUGCUACUUUAGGAAUUAAUGCAAUUAUUGCGGCUCCGGCUAAUCAGAUGUCUGGAUAUUUGUUGCGUAAAUUCCGCAAUUCCGCCGGAUGGCAAAUAUUUUGGGUUGUACAUGCAAAUUUUGCACUUACAUUUUUUAGAUCACAUCAGGAACGAGAACCGGUAGCGGUAUUACCAAUUAUCAAUUAUCAUAUAUCGUUGCCACAGCUUAAUGAUAAAAUUAGUUGUGAUAACGUUUUCAAAGUGUCAUAUAAUACACAUUGUUAUUUCUUUCGAACUGAUAGUUUAUAUGCCUUCUCAAAAUGGUACGAAUGCAUCCAUGAAUCAACCAUCAACAGUAGCCCUCUCGAUCUCAUUGCAGGUUCUCCAUCCAAAUAA